AUGCCAAGUUUUUUGGAAUCUCAUCGAUGGAGGCCGAGUCGAUGGACCCGAACCAGCGCAAGACACAGAGCAGCGAGUUCAGACCGAGUGUCCUGCAAGACAUCACUGAGCUUGAGAGUGUACCCUUCCCGGUUCUUGCAGCCAUUUGCAGCCCCUGCAUCGAAUUUUCUCCUCUUCUCAGUUGUGCUCGUUUUGUUGAACGUGGGGCGCCAUGGGGACUUUGCGACUUCAAAAUGUGGCAGUGGAGAUGCAGCUCCAGGAAAAAGGAUUGCCGUGUUCCAAUGCCAGGGCCAAAUGGAAGCACUGCGGCGCAAGGUGGGCCCCGGAAGCAGAAGUUCGAAUUCAUCCCAGGUGACAAGAAUAAAGGUCCAAGAAGUUCAAUCACUGCGUGAUGCCCGCGAGUUUGCGAUCUCUUUCAAGGCCUAUGCCCAGCUAAGCCAUUGGCGCUUUGCGGCAUGCUUGCUUGCGCGAAUGCCACAGCUUCGUGUUGAUCCCGAUCCAGUUUGCUUCCGGACAGUUGCCGACGGCUGCACGAACGUCAGUGUCUGGACGGCAUCCCUUGCGACACUGGAUUUCAUGGAGGCGUCAGGUGGCGGAAGCGUAUCAGCGGACCAGACGAGCGCAAAGUCGGCCAUGCGAGUAUGGCGAGCAUCGGGUCAAUGGAGCCGGGUGCAGCAACUUCUUGCCGAACUCUGCCAGGCCUUUUUGCAACUGGACGUCAGGGCCUGCAACACUGCGCUAGAUGCCGCUGGUGCCAGCAGCCAGUGGAAGGAAGCCAGGAUGUUGCUGCAGAGCCUCAAAAUCAAGUACAGCCUCGAGCCCAGCCAGGUCUCCUACAACUCGCUCUGUCGAGCUCUUGCCGGCAAAGGUCUUUGGCAGCUUGCCAUCUGCGACAUGGAGAAGAGUCGAAGCGAGUGCUUGAAGAUGGACGUGGUUGGCCUAAACACGCUGCUAGCGAGCUUCACAGACCUGGGCUUGUGGAGUCGCAGCCUCCACGAGCUGACACGGACCCCGAUAACUUUGGACAGGGUCAGCUACAACUCCGCAGCCUCGGCAGCGGUGCCAACGAGGUGGGCUACUGCUGUGCAGCUGCUCUCCACGAUCAACAGCUCGGCGCUCCGUCCGGAUGCCUUCACGGUGAACUUUUUGAUCAGAGCCCGUUCCGAGUCAAGCUGGACUUCGGCCUUCUCAGCCUUGCAUCUCGUCGCGGAGACGCAGCUCCGGCCCGGAUCUAUGGCGUACCUGGCGGCUCUUCAUGCAUGCAGGACUGACCCCUCCUGGUCCGCCGCGCUUAUGCUGCUGGAGCGAUGGGCCUGGAAACCCCUUGCUGAUGCUUGCCUAUUACAGGCACGCAGAGCCUUUGACAGAAUGGGAAGCUGGAGACAAGCACUGCUCCAGAGAGGCACACUCCGGUGGCAGCUGGCCAUGGUUUCUCUUUCAAGCAGGCAGGACUACAACGAGGCGAUCAGGGCCUGUGAAGACAAGAGAUGGGAAGCUGCGAUGGGUCUGCUGAAGGCGAUGAAGGCCUAUCUGGUCCCGGACGUGGUGAGCUAUAAUGCGCUGCUGGCAUCCAUGCACUGGCUGUUGUGCAUGGAGAUCCUCAGCCAGAUUCGACCAGAUGUUGUGAGCUUCACCACGGCCAUCAACUCAUGCGAUAGCUUCGCUUGGAAUCAGUCAGUGGCGUUGCUCAGAAGGAUUUCAGGAAUGUCGCUGCGCCUGGACACUGUGAGCUGUAAUGCUGGCUUGACUGCCUGUGCUUCCUCCUUUGGUUGGACGGGCUCAAUCUUGAUGCUGCAAACGCUGGCGGACAGUUUACUGGAGACGGAUCGUGUCAGCUGUCACAGCUCUGUCGCAGUGCGACUAGGCUACGACUUGCCAAGCCUGCAGAAGUCGUCGAAGAAUAUUGGUGUUUUCGUCGGUGUCAGUGGAUCCGAGUGGGGUACCGUGCCUCACAAAAUGGAUGCAGCGGGGUGCGGAAGUGCAGAGGCCAUCAUCUCGAAUCGUGUGAACUUCGCACUGAACCUCAAAGGAGCCAGUCAAACGAUCAACACCGCGUGCUCAUCCGGCCUGGUAGCAGCGGCCCAUGCGUCCAAGUGCCUGCGCAGUGCGUUGUCUUGCAACCUUUUUGAUGGAGUAAACUGCACUUCUGUUGACGGGCUGUCAGCGUCUGUCAACCUGCUUGGCUGCUGGUACGUCAGAACGGAGCAUCUUAGUCUUGCAGUGACACCAACACGUGGCACGCUCUUACGACAAACGACAGCCAUGGCCGAUGAUGAGAAUCCCGAUGAUGGGCCUGGCCUUAUCAAGCUGGAUAUGAAGCAAUUUGGAUCUGGCACUAUGGAAGACCCUCUGCGCCACGCCGUUGGCAUGCGCACUGCACAGGACCAGUACAAGAUGCAGAUGUGGAGCAGCUUUCCGUCUCUCUUCCAGAACACCAUCUUCCAUGGUGAGCAGGAUGCGGAGAUCAAGCGGCUGCGCCAGUCCGGUUCUCUGGACGAGAAAUUGCAACGAGCAAAGCAAUUGAAAGAGGAAGGCAACAAGCUGCUAAAGUCAUCCACCACAAGAAGGACCUCUGAUGACGAAGCCAGGAAGGAAAGGGAAGCGCAGCAAGAGCUGGAGGAGCAACUGGAAGCACAAAUCUGGGAGAAAGAAAAGGAGCUCAAGGAUUUGCGGCAGCAACUUGCAGCACUGAGGGCAACAGCUGAGCGCAGUGCGCCCAAGGAGGCUGAGGAAGUCGAAGAAGAUGAUGAGCAAGAGCAGCAAAGCUUGGAUGCUGCUGUGCGCUCGUAUGAGAAAGCAGCCGGAUUACUCAGAUAUGUCGAGUGCCUUCGGCAAGACUGGAAGAACGAUGACGGCUCUUACAAGGGCAUCGAGGACGACUUCCUCCGCGUGGAGGAGACGGCCUUGGACUCGGCAGAGGCCUCCGAGCUGGUGCAGUCCUGCUACUUGAACAUCGCACUGGCCUGUCAAAAGCUUCGAAAGUUCGACGACAUGAAGCGGGCGUGCGACGAAGUCUUGGAGAAGGUGAACCCGGACAGCGUCAAGGCCUUGUACCGGCGUGCGCAGGCCCGCCUGGCACCAAUCUCGGCCAAGGAUGCAGAUCGUGAGGCUGCCAUCCAGGAUUUGAUGGCGGCUGCGCGGCUGGCCCCCAAUGACAAGGAGGUGCGGAAUAUGCUGACCAAGCUCCGGAAAGAGAAAAAAAAGCAGGAAAUGGAAGACAAGAGCACGUUUGGAGGCCUCUUCCAGCGAGGGGAGGUGGUCAAGAACGAUUACAAGUCGGAGCCUCCACGACCAGCUGCUCCGGCUAAAUGGGAUCUGAACGAUCCGAAGGCAACGCACACUGGAAAGGUGCACCUGAAGUACAAGGACUUCGAUCCCCUGGACGGCACGAUCUGUUGUGGAACGCAGCUAGCUUAUGGUCCAUUCGGCUUCGUGGGCUGCUGCAGCGGUGGCAUGCUCUCCUUCAAGGGCCGAUGCUUCACAUACGAUGUUUCAGCAGAUGGGUACUUGCGGGGCGAGGGCGUGUCCAGCAUUUUCUUGGAGCUCAAGGAGUUUGGUCGGGAGGUGUUCACCCUGAUGCCUGCGAGUCAGGCUAACCAGGAUGGACGCAGCGCCAGCAUCACGGCACCCAACGGCCCAUCCCAAGAGAGGUGUAUCCGAGCAUGCUUCCGCGAGGCGAAGUAUCAGCCGGCAGAGGUGGAUUGCUUCGAGACGCAUGGAACAGGAACCGCUCUCGGUGAUCCCAUUGAGGUGGGCGCUUUCAAGCGCAUUUACGCCCAGUCUCAGCGAGCCCAUCCACUCAUGGUGACGAGCUCCAAGACCAACCUAGGCCACCUGGAAGGUGGUGCAGGCAUGGCUGGGUUCAUCAAGUGCAUCCUGCAGGUCAUGCGUUGUGAGGCGAGUCCAAACAUCCAUUUGCGUGAGAGAAAUCCGCAUCUGGAUGUGGAAGGAUUCCCGACCCAGUUCUUGUCAGAGGGCUUGGUGACGCACUACAACACUGCGGUCACCGGUGUCAGUUCCUUUGGCUUCGGAGGCACGAAUGCCCAUGCAAUGGCAUUCGGGAAAAAUUGUGUCACUGCCCGGGAUGUCACGAAGAAGGACUUCAGGGGCCUCAUGCUGCAGAAGAUUAUGCAGGGCCACAUGCAGCCGCGGAUUUGGGCGCGGCUCGGGCAGAGAGUCCUGGCCCUGGGCCUCCACGGCUGGCGCAAGGAGAAAGAUCUGGUCUUCAGGGCAGCAUCCACUGUCGGCGCCCCUGGAAAGAAGAAGGGAGCCUCUGAGCUAACGCCAAUCUUGGCUGAAGUAGAUGGCGAGCUGGAGGAGCAGGACAUCCUGGAUCAGGCAAGACCCGAAGAUCUCCUCGAGACUUCGUCGCCUUCUGACGAGGGCUCUGGUCUAAAGGCCGGGCCACUUGCCAAGAAGAUGUGGAGCUGCGCAAGACGAGGUGUUCGCAGUGAGGAGGUCUGGGCGCGCUUCGCGCAGAGAGUGCUAAUGACAGGCACACUGAUCGGUGCCACAGACAUUUCUCUAAUGUUUCGUGCCUUUGCCAGGAUAAAAUAUCGGGAUGCACGGGCUCUGGACACUCUCUCCCCAUUUAUUCUUCGACACAUCGACUCUUUCAACACGGAAGAGCUUGUCCUCCUCCUUCUUGCGCACAAGAAGUUGGAGUAUGAGAGAACUGACAACCUCCACCUCUUGCUGAACGUGCUCUGUCAGAGGAAAGAGGAAUGGACUGGCAAGGAUGUUGCACUCAUUAGCAAUGCCGUUGCACACUUCUACAUCUAUCGCCCCCGCUUCUGGCGGCUCGCGGCCAUGUCUUUAAAUCGACUCGUCUGGACGAUGAACCCACUGGAGUUGACGAUCCUCGUCAGUGCCAUGGCGCGAGUGGACCGGCGAGACGAGCAAGCACUCAUUGUGAUCGCAAAGAUGUGCCGCCGCUGUGCCCAGCGGCACCUCUUCAGCCAGGAGACGCUUGCGACAGCAAUGAAUGCCUUUGCCAAGCUGGAUUUCAACAAUGUCAAGCUUGCAAAAGCCUUCGAGGACGCCGCAGUGAAGAAGCUGGAUCGUGCACUGGAGCUUGGCCCGCAGUAUCGGCGAUCCGGUAGCCUCCGUGACCAGGAUGUCUUUGAUCUACAGGCCUUGGUCCUUCUCUUCCGCACACUUGUGGCUUUGGUGGGAACCUCUGACGAUGUGGCGGAAAAGCUCCUGACACUCUUAGCAUGGUCGAAGGAGGAGCUGGGAGAUUAUCAGCGUCGGGUGUUGAAGCCGACCAGUAUAGCCUUCCGGCGUCUCCAUCCAGUCUUGUUCAAGAGCCUGAGCAUGGAGUGCCGGGAUGCAUUGCACACCUUCGAAACCACACAAGUUAAGAUCUCCACUUUCGAGUCCCGCUGGAUGAGGGAGGUGCGAAGCACGCUGCGCAAGAUGGACGUCAGCGUCGAACUGAAGCCCCUCAUCGACGACCAGGUGCUGGACAUCUGGCUUCCGGUCAGCAAAGCCGUGGUUUGUGCCGUGGGUCCGUAUGGCUACUAUGCCGGCACAACCGAGAGGACCGCCUACAGCAAGCUGCACCAGCGAACCUUGGAAAUGGAGGGCCACGUGUGCAUGACUGUGCCGUAUUUCGAGUGGGCCGAUCUGAAGACAGAGGAAGACAAGAUGGUCUAUUUGUGGUCACUGGGCCGCAAAUCUGCAGGGACGGGCAAGAAGGGCCAGGUCUCCAGCGAAGUGGGCCCCGCCGUCGAGCUCCCCUUGCAGUCGGAUCUGAGUGAUCUCGGUGAAGCGAACCUCUAG